AUGGCUGCAAAAGAGUGUGUCAUUUUGGUCAUGGUCAUGGUCAUGGCAUUUUUCCUAGUUGAUGCAGUUGCGACCAAAGAUGGGUGGAAUGGUGCACAUGCAACAUUUUAUGGUGACGUGAAAGGCAACGAGACCAUGCAGGGAGCUUGUGGCUAUGGAGAUCUAUUUGAGCGUGGGUAUGGCCUUGAAACGACGGCAUUGAGCACAGUUCUCUUCCACAAGGGGCUUACUUGUGGAGCUUGUUACGAAAUCCAGUGUGACAAUUCAAAAUGGUGCCUAAAUGACACUAUCAAAGUCACUGCCACCAACAUUUGCCCUUCCAACUAUAUAAAUCCCAGUGAAAACUGGUGCAACCCACCCUCCAAGCACUUUGACUUGUCACAGCCAAUGUUCCGAAAAAUUGCUGUGUAUGAGGCCGGUGUUGUCCCCAUUGUAUACAGGAGGACCCCCUGCAUAAAAAAUGGAGGCAUUGAAUUUGAAAUCAAGGGAAAUCCCUAUUCGAUGCUCAUUUUAGUGUACAAUGUGGGAGGAGCCGGUGACGUUGAGGGAGUCAGGAUCAAGGGUUCUGGCGCGAAAUGGCUAGGGAUGUCGCGGGACUGGGGGCAGAAUUGGAAAAUUGAUGCUCAUCUAGUGGGACAGAAUUUGUCAUUUCAAGUGACUACUAGUGAUGGUAGGAUGCUGCAAUCUGAUAAUGUUGCACCAGCUGACUGGAAAUUUGGUCAUGUUUAUGAGGGAAAGCAAUUUUGAAGAUAUAUCAGUAAA